CAUGUUUUUAUAUUUUAUUCAUCAUAUAGUACAUUCAAAUAGUAUAGGAUUGUAAGUAUUGUUAAAAUGCACAAUAUAUGUGAUGCUUAGUUCACUUAUUAAAUUUCAAAUAGUAUAUCAUUAUACUUCCUGUAGUACAGAGGCCCUGAAGUGACGGCUUUGAAAAAAAUUAGUGAAGUGCUGUGUCAUUAUUUUGAUGAAAUAUCUUGUUAUUUUUUUCUUGAAGAUAUUAUGCUUCUUAUCUUGUUGUUUGGAUUUAAUAUUUAAGACCCCACAAUUGACUAAUAAGACUAAUCAUAAAUAAUCAUUAAAAAAACCCUGAUGCUCUCAUACUGAACAUCCUUUUAAUGCUCUUAGUAUUAUUUGAGUAUAUAGCGUAAAUCUGUUGAAGAGUAAUGACUUAUAAUCACACUAUCAGGUGUCACCCAGAUGAGGAUGAGUUUUGAGUCUGGUACCUCUGAAGACUUCUUCCUUAUUUUCCCUUCCUUAUUUACUGAAUAUUACUUUCUAAGUAUUUCAUUUAGAAGUACGCUGUUUCCCAGACACUCAGUAAACCAGACUGUUCUGUCAUCUGUCCUUUUGUGCAAUUUGUACUUUAAUUCAACAAUGUGUACUCAAUCUACAGUAUCAACUUCUAGUUUCUCCUCCAAACAUAUUUUAGUGGCGUGUCAUUCUACGUACACUUGUUAUGAGUCAAAAUAAUACAGUAAUACAGUAAGUUAUUAAGUUAAAAUAACAAGAUGAUAUAUAUUGAAAUGACUAGUUAAGUCAAAAUAAAGAGAUGUCUUAAAAUGACGAGUUAUUAAGUCUAAAUAAUGAGAUAUUAAGUCAAAAUCAUGCCAUAGCACUUCGGCUUUAUUCACAACUUGCAUUUCAGGGCUUCUCUGUAAGAUUGAAACUUUUCCUAGUUAUGUACUUUUCCAUCUGUAUUUUUUAUUGAGGUAACCAUCGGUUAAAUCAUUUUAUAUGCGUGUAUUAUAAUUUUAAUUUUGAUAAUUAUGUGGUUAAACCAAAAGUAAAAUAUAAUUCUAGUACUGUGCAUCUUUAUCACUAAAUAUAAUCUGUCUUUAAGGGAUGAUGCAGCCAUUAGAGCAAGACUUUUUUAGAGCAAGACUUUUUUCAGCAGCAGCAAUUGUCCUGGUGUUGGCAGGAGUUCAGGCUCAGCACAGUGUAACUCUCUCCUCUCAGCAUCUCUGUGCUGUUACUGGAUCUACAGUAAAAAUCCCCUGUACAUUUACAAAACCUAAACACUCCGCCACACAGAGAGAGUGGUAUCAAGUCCAGAGCUCUGAAGCAGAAACACAAGACCUGAGCAAAGAUCCACAAUACUCAGGACGAGUGUCUGUAAGCACAGUGACGUCUUCCUGUGAGCUGACACUGAGGAAUGUGAGAGUGAGUGACUCUGGAGUUUAUAACUUCAGAUUUAAAGUCACACAGAGAGGAGACUGGAUAUCAGCAUCAUCUGGAGUUCAUCUGACUGUUACAGAUCUGAAGGUUACAGUAUCAGACUCAGGUAGUGGGCAAAAGAAGCUGAGCUGCACCGCCUGCACUCUGUCUAACAACCCCACUUACAUCUGGUACAAGAACGGACAGCUUUUUACUGACCAGGACAGAAAUGAAAUGUAUGUCAGUCGUGAGGACGUAGACAGCUACUCCUGUGCUGUAAGAGGACAUGAGGAGCUUCGCUCUCCUGCUGUCUGUAUUAGCUGCUGGAGUGUGACUUACUCCACCCAGACUAUCUGCUCUCUGAUUGGCUCAUCAGUGGACAUACACAGUUAUUACACCUACCCUCUUCAUUACGAGGUCACAGAAGUGUUCUGGUUCAUUAAAGAGCAGAUCGGUGUUGAGCCUGUGGAUGUGAGAGCAGAUGAGGAGUAUCAGGAUCGAGUGCAGUACACACACAGCUCCCAGAAUGACUGUAGAAUGAGAAUCACUAACUUGACAGAGAGAGAUGCUCAAACCUACAGAUUCAGAUUCUACACUGAUGAUCCUCAAGGCAGAUACACUGGCCAACCUGGAGUCUCUCUGUCUGUCACAGAUCUGAAGGUUACAGUAUCAAACUCGGGUAGCAGACAAAAGAAGUUGAGCUGCAUCACCACCUGCACUCUGUCUAACAACCCCACGUACAUCUGGUACAAGAACGGACAGCGUGUUACUGACCAGUACACACAUGAACUGUCUCGGCAUGACAGUAGUUGGGAUGCAGGCAGCUACUCCUGUGCUGUAAGAGGACAUGAGCAGCUUCGCUCUCCUGCUGUCUGUGUUUUUGAUGAGAAGAGCUGCUGGAGUGUGACUUACUCCACCCAGACUAUCUGCUCUCUGAUUGGCUCAUCAGUGGACAUACACAGUUAUUACACCUUCCCUGAUCAUUCCAACAUCACAGAAGUGUUCUGGUUCAUUAAAGAGCAGGUCGGUGUUGAGCCCGUGGAUGUGAGAGAGGAUGAGGAGUAUCGGGGCCGAGUGCAGUACACACACAGCUCCCAGAAUAACUGUAGUCUGAGAAUCACUAACCUGACAGAGAGAGACGCUGAAACAUACAGAUUCAGAUUCUACACUGAUGAUCCUCAAGGCAGAUACACCGGCCAACCUGGAGUCUCUCUGUCUGUCACAGAUCUGAAGGUUACAGUAUCAGACUCAAGUAGAGGGCAAAAGAAGCUGAGCUGUGUCACCACCUGCACUCUGUCUAACAACCCCACUUACAUCUGGUACAGGAACGGACAGCGUGUUACUAACCAGGACAGAAAUGAAAUGUAUGUCGAAAGCGGGGAUGCAAGCAGCUACUCCUGUGCUGUAAGAGGACAUGAGCAGCUUCGCUCUCCUGCUGUCUAUUCCCCUAAAAACACCAGAGCAGUGGUUCUUUCCUCUGGAGACACAGUGGAGGGGGAUACAGUGACUCUGAGCUGUAGCAGUGAUGCAAACCCUCCUGUUCUCAACUACUCCUGGUUUAAGCAGAGAACAGAUGCAGACACACUGCUGACAACAGGCCAGAAUUACAGCAUCAGCAACAUCAGCUCCCAGCACAGCGGACUGUACUACUGCACUGCUCGCAACCAGCUGGGACAGCACAACUCUACACCAACACACCUGGAUGUGUUACAUUCCCCUAAAAACACCAGAGCAGUGGUUCUUUCCUCUGGAGACACAGUGGAGGGGGAUUCAGUGACUCUGAGCUGUAGCAGUGAUGCAAACCCUCCUGUUCUCACCUACUCCUGGUUUAAGCAGAAAGCAGAUGCAGACACACUGCUGACAACAGGCCAGAAUUACAGCAUCAGCAACAUCAGCUCCCAGAACAGCGGACUGUACUACUGCACUGCUCACAACCAGCUGGGACAGCACAACUCUACACCUACACACCUGGACGUGUUAUACCCUCCACGAAUCCCAUCUGUGACUGUCUUUCCAUCCGUGUCUGGUGAUCUGGUCACACUGUUGUGCGUGAGUGACUCCAACCCCAUCAGCUCUUACACCUGGUACAGGAAAACAGAAGGAGAUGUGAUACUGAUUGGAAAUGGCACCAAUUUAACUUUAUCCUCAACAGCAGAUGGAUUUUACUACUGUACAGCAAGGAAUGGAUUUGGAUCAUCCAAUUCAUCAAAAUGGGCAUAUACAUCAGAUAACAGAGCUGUGAAAUACGCAAGUCUUGGUGUCACUGUUGCAUUGGUUCUUAUAUUCAUUCCUGUGUGUCUGUGGAAAUGGAGAGGAGUACCAGUGGCCAGCAGCAGGAGUGAGGAGAACAGUGUCACUAGUAACUCUGCCCCUAUAUAUGGUAACAUCUCAGCUAUGGCCAUGACCUCUGACCUCACACAUACAGCCUCCUCAGAAGGACAGGAUGAUGUUUGGUACUCCACCAUUAAUUUUACACAUUCCCACAUGAAGGAAGAGCCUCUCUACUCAACUGCUCAACUGCCUAAUACGCUUGAGGAAGAGGAAGUAGAAUAUGCCGUAGUGAACCUUCCCAAACCAAGACCUGUUCAGACGGAGGAAAUCUACAGAAAUCUGAAGUUCAACGAAUGUAAGAAAAGUGACGAUCAACCAGAUGCCAGAUUUUUUUCCUUAUAAAGACAGAAUUAUAAAGUAGUUCUUUAGAAAUACAUUUUAAAACUUAUCCUUAAUUUCAGAUUAAACUGGCAGUUGUUUAGCAUUUCGUAUUUCGAUUUUUCUUUUAACACGUUUCUUUUUGAGUCUUUUUGAUACCAAAAUAAUGUCCACAUAUAUUGUAUACACUCAUACAGACACUUACUUUAAUAAAACAUAUAUAUGAUUGUCACCUAUGUACCACUGGUUGCUUAAUUCAGACUUUCAAUAUUCAGUCAUUUAUCUGGGUGAGCUGGUGGUUUUAAAAUACAUCUCGUGACACACUCGGACACUUCAGGAGUGAAUCCAGUGAGAAUAGCGCAAAGAGUACAAGAGUACAAUAUAAGUAGCUGAAAUAUUGUAAACAUAAGAAGUAGCAGCCUAUGUACAAUAUAAAUAAAUAUUGUAACAGCAUAAUGUAAUGUGCAAAAACUUGCAAAAAAAAUUGCAAAGAGGAUGGAUGAUGCUCAAUUGUGUGUGUAUGUAUGUGUGUGUGUUCUUUCAGUCCAGUUUCUGAGUAUUGAGGAGUCUGAUGGAUUGGGGGAAGAAACUGUUGCACAGUCUGGUACCAAAUGCUUCGGUACUGUUUACCAGACGGCAGGAGGGUGAAGAGUGUGUGA